CAGCACCAGUAGCUCAGCAUACCGCGUUGGGACAGUGGGAUGGACAAAAACGUGCAAAACACAUACCCUCUGCUGGCAUGGGCACUACUUUUGUACCUGUGCUCUCAGGUAUGCUGUCAACAGUGUGCCAGACCAUGCCAGUGUCCCAGCUCUGUGCCAGCCUGCCCUCAAGGCGUUGCUCUCAUCCUGGACGGAUGUGGAUGUUGCCAAGUGUGUGCCCGCCAGAAGGGUGAAACCUGCACUGACCUACUCCUGUGCGACAACGGCUUGGAAUGUGACUACAAAGCCAGUUUCCCUGGAGAUCCAGGAGAGUGUGUCAGUCAGGAAGAGCUGGGUUGUGAGCUGAAUGGCAUUUCUUAUCAGGAGGGUGAAGUGUUCCAGCCAUCCUGCAGCAGCCAGUGCAAAUGUGCAGGUGGAGGAGUGGCCUGCGUGCCCCUGUGCCCUGAGGAUGUCCGCCUGCCCAGUUCAGACUGCCCAUAUCCUCAAAGGGUCCAGCUGCCAGGAAAGUGCUGUAAGGAGUGGGUGUGUAAGAACUUGGACAACAAUGUAAUACAACCUUCUGAUACAGGUUACAGUUAUGCCCAAAUGUUGCCUGCACAUCCUGGUUCCCAAGGCACACUCAGCUUAAACUGUAUACACCAGAGCACAAGGUGGAGUGCCUGCUCGCAUACCUGUGGCAUGGGAAUCUCCACACGUGUGAGCAACCAGAAUGAGGCCUGCAGACUUGAGCAGCAGAUCAGGCUAUGUCAAAUCCGACCAUGCCUGGCUUUGCCACAUCAAGCACCAGUGUGGCCAAGGAGAUGUAAGCCGAGCUAUAUGUCAGAAUUUCCCACACGCCUGUUCUAUCAAGGCUGCCACAGCACACAAUUAUAUCGUCCACUUUACUGUGGCCUCUGCACUGACGGCCGAUGUUGCACACCUUAUCAGACCAACACUGUCUCAGCCACCUUCCUCUGUCCAGGGGGCCGCCUGCUCCACAAAGCUGUCAUGAUGAUCAAGUCCUGUGUUUGCCAUUCUAACUGCCCCUACUCAUCUGGUGGAAUCUACAGGAGGCUUCCUUUGAGGGGAUAGAUACUCUCAUGCACUGACUCACAUAAAACCCUGUUUGAAGCCUAGAAAGAAUAGCACUUUGCACAUACCACAGUAUUUUUUUUUAUUACCAGGGAAAGAUUAGUAAAUCCUGGGCACCUGGGUAGGAACUGGGCAGGUGCUAUCCAGAAGACCUUCAGCAAUUGGCUUUUUUCUUGCUUUUCCCUUCGCAAACUCUUUCACCAAAUCCACCAAAGUCCAGCUCUUUAACAAGCUCCAACUCCAUGGUUCGCAGUGACAGCAUGUUAAGUCUUCUUUGGCCAAUUUUAGUUUGUUUUUAAUCCAACCUAUUAGGCAAAAUGGACAUUCUUUGGCUUCUCUCUUCUUUUCAUCAACACAGUGUGGAUCUCUGUUUUUUUCCAUCCACUUCUCUCUUCAGUUAGGACCUAACUGACUGCUCAUUGGGUACAAAUUCAGACCCAUACACUAAUAAUUUUUCAUAAUUUAUUUCAUAUUCUGUGACUUUACAUUCAUCAGCUUGGGUUCUAUUAAAAUCAGAAGGUUUUUCAAUUUCAUAAAACCGGUGAAAUUUAGUUCCCUCUGAAAUUUGGUCAUUGUGCUAUAUGUUUAUUUAUGUAAUAUCUCACAAAAUAUCAAGCCACCCUGUAGCUGGGAAGUUAUUUAAUUUGAGGGGAUUCCCUAGCAAAUAAUGUGCAUGAAAUCACGGACAGGGGAAGUCCGUGUGCGCAUGUGCAGGUUUACGGCAUCUUCUGAAAGGCAGUCUACCUUUAAAUAACUAAUGUUUGACAGUGUAAAGGUUACUUAGUCUAAUGAUUCAUUUCAAAUCUAUGCUUGUUGGAGACCCACUAGUUGGAAGGUCCCCCGGACAUCUGCCGAAUGUCCCGGUCACUUAUCCGUCUCUGCAAAUUAUGUCAUUUUGUAUAAAGAGCUUGUGAUCACACAUACAUUUACAAUGGCCUUGCUUAAGAAUGUACUGGACUGGCCUGAUUCUUCACUUACAGCCUGUGUAUAUAGAUUUUGUGUGUGUGUAUGAUCAGAAUUUUAACUUUGCUAUGAAUUUGAGAAGUCUGUUAAGAUGUUAAA